UUUUUCUCAGCGCAGUGCUGAGUGGACCGCCCGUGAGAGAACCGAAAUGGCAGUUCGGUUCGGGUUCAGUUUCUGGCUCCGCUCUAGAACCGAACCAAACCGGGCCGGGACUUGAAUUGGUUAUUAUAACAAUAUGAAUUCGCUGCGUGGUGAACAAGUCCUCGUUGUUUCUUCGUUGCAUAGAGAAGGAAACAACGAGGACUGAGUGCAGCGCAGCGCCUCAGUUGCACACUUUCUUCUUUCCUUCGCGUACUUCCCCUCCCCCUUCUCCUACAGCGUUUGCCCAUUAUGCCCCCAAAUUCCACCCUAAUCACUCCCUCUCCGGGCGCUGCUGCCGUUUCGGCGGGUCAGCUUUCAAUCCCCUUAGUACUAGGUCCAGCUAGUCGAUAUCCUCAACCAGAUCUAAAUUUACAACAAUCGCCUACAUGCAGUGAUGAUGAACCCUCCAUUUGGAUGAUGCCACCCGUUGAUACACUUUUCGGUUCGGAGGGCUCUCCUGUCUGCAGCCCUAAUCGCCGAGACUCCAAGCAUCCUGAGCCUCCCCUUACUCACCAUGGUUUACCUCCUGCCGCAGACCCAAUAGAUGUGGCUGAUAAUCUCCCUCAGAGACGCCAGGUUCCGGAAUCAUUACCCGCCUUCGUCCCAAACCCAACGCUUCAAGCCGAACCUUCCCCAAGCGCCGUUCCCGCAUCCCCCCCAAAUGACAGCGGCGAACUCGGUAGCCAAACACCAUGGGAAAUGACGAUUGCCGCCGCGGGACUGCCGCGACUCCCUCUGAACCGCUUGAACCGGCACAAAUGUAAUACUUAUCCUCAAUUCCCAUUGAAUAGAAGCCCCCAGACAUCCGACCCUGGACAGUCCGAGAUUCCUGACAUUGUGGACAAAAAUUACGAGCAAGUACUAGCACAAGGGCUUCACCAUACCCUUAGCAUCACACCUACCGUCCCACCUGUUUCAACUAUACAUCAUCCACCUUGGAUGCCCGAACCUCUUAAGCAGCUCCCUCAAGUCGACCUCGAGGGUCGAGUAACUCAGCGACGGCGUCUAGUGAAUCAGGGGAGUUUUGCAAAAAUCUAUCAGGGGGACUUUGAUGGGCGUACCGUGUGUAUCAAGGUUCUGAAGGAAAUAAUUAUUUCAUCUAAAAAAGAAGUUUCCAAGUUUUCCAAGAGAAUGCUACGUGAGGUGAAAGUUUGGGUGACAUUGAAGCAUCCCAACGUGGUCGCAUUCCAUGGAUGGACAUUGGAAUGCUCCGAAGAUGACAAUACUAUAUGCGCUAAGUUGAUUUCAGCUUGGUGUGAGAAAGGAAACGUUUUGGAGUACCUGGAAUGUACUCCAGCUGCUGACCGCCGUCAACUGGUUGUGAAUAUGUCUGAAGGCCUGAGUUAUCUACACUCAAUGGAAAUAAUUCACGGCGAUAUCAAGCCAGAGAACAUUGUGGUUGAUGCCAAUGGAACAGGACUCCUCUGUGACUUCGGACUAUCAUGCAUACUUUCUGAUCUCUCAACCCAUGCAGAAGGAUCCAGCACUGUCAGUACUGUGCGAUUCACGUCCCCCGAGAUCCUCGAUUGCAGCGUGAAAAAGCGCGACAAAAGAAGCGACGUCUGGGCAUUUGGUUGUGCUUCUGGCCAGGUUCUUUCCGAUAUCAGGCCAUAUGCGAAGGCGAAAGGCCCCCUUGAUGUCCAAGACGCAGUGAGGAAGCAUGAACCACCUUUUGAGUGGAAGGAUUCCGAUGAAUUCUUUGCCUAUGUCGGACCAUGUCUGGAAUGGGAACCGGACAAACGGCCUACCAUGGAGAAAGUGACUGAAUGUUUCAGUGGCUUAUAUCGCUGUUGAAUGCUCAUGUGUGCUAGCAUUUCGGCAGGCAAGAGGAUAUCCAAGUGUACCGUCCUGUUUGUAGAGUGUCUAUAUGUGCUACUGGCAUGGGGACAGGAAUGUAGAAAUUGUGUGUAGGAUCUAGGUCCCUAAUGUUGUUGUUGUUGUACUCUAUUUUGUUGUCCUGUGGCUGUGUUUGUACAAUGGCAGUGUGGCUAGCCUGACUGAUUGUACAUGAGGGGCUCAUCAAUACAAGGUAUGGCAUGUGACAGGAGUUAGCCCAUAAACCUGUGACCUGUCUGCAUCAUAAAUCCGUGAAUUUGAC